AUGCAUUGUGGGCGCGAUUGAGGAAGUAAAAUGGCGGACCUGGCGAACGAAGUUCCAUUUUUGAGGUGUCAGUUCUUUGUACACCAGUAUGAAUCCUGCAUGCUUUGUGGAACUGGCAUCCUGCUGAAAGGGAAUUCCGUGGUCUUUCUCCUUGCCUUGUUUGCUGUCUCUGACGUGGCAAUGAUGUUCUCAGAAAAACCUGCCAUUGCUCCACCUGUCUUUGUAUUUCAGAAGGAUAAAGCACAGAAGUCCCCUGCAGAGCAAAAAGGUUUGUCGGAUUCAGGCGAGGACCCACAGGGAGAGGUUGAGCCCCCCCACCAUGGUCUGGGUCACAGAGGAUCAGCUGGUGAGCACGACUCUGAGCAUCCUGCUCCGGUUCUUGCCUCAGUCAGUGCUUCCCUGAGUCUCGCUUCUGAAGCCCAGCUUGCUCCUAUUCAACAAGAACUGGCAGGGAGAUCAGCAGAUGGAUCAAGUCCGGAAGAUGGAGAUGAAUCUGAUCGAGAGGAUGGGAGCUACUGUCCACCUGUAAAGCGUGAGAGAACUUCAUCCUUAACUCAAUUCCCUCCUUCUCAGUCAGUAACAAAGAACAACGUCUUUAUGCCAUCAAGCUUCUGUGAACCCUCUACAGGCAAUUCUGACUCAGAACCAGAGGAAAAGAGCAGUGGAUUCCGGCUGAAGCCACCAAUACUUAUCCAUGGUCAGGCACCUAGUGCAGGACUCCCAAGCCAGAAGCCAAAGGAGCAGCAGCGCAGUGUGCUACGUCCAGCAGUGUUACAGGCACCACAGCCAAAAGCUUUCUCACAGAUGGUUCUCAGCAGUGGCACCAAUGGUGUAAAUAUCCCUCCAGAUUCUGCAACCACAUCAGAAUCACUAAGUAAUGCAACACUGAAAAGUUCUGACUGUGAAGACAAGGCGGGAGAAUGUCAGAAAAGAGAGUCCAACAAUACUUCAGAUGAUGACAGCUGUGAAAAGGCAGAACUAAAUGCUCAGCAAGCAUUUGUAUUUGGGCAAAACUUAAGAGAUAGAGUUAAGCUAGGAGAUGAAAGCCAUGAAACUGCUGAUGUGCAGAAUGCUGGCCUUCCUACAUCAGACCUACCUUCUGCAACAAAUUAUUUUCUACAAUACAUCAGUUCCAGUGCAGAGAACUCUACAAACAGCACAGAUGCAUCUAGCAACAAGUUUGUUUUUGGACAGAACAUGAGUGAGCGAGUCCUAAGUCCACCAAAAUCAAACGAAGGUAGUACAGAGAGUAAUAAGGAGAAUGCUGCUACAGAGUCUGGUUCUGAAUCAUCUUCUCAGGAAGCCACACCAGAGAAAGCUAAUAAUAUUUCAGAAUCACUGGCAGAGUCUGCAGCAGCCUAUACUAAAGCAACAGCCAGGAAGUGUUUAUUAGCCAAGGUUGAAGUGAUUACUGGGGAGGAAGCUGAAAGCAAUGUCUUGCAGAUUCAGUGCAAGCUGUUUGUAUUUGAUAAAAACUCUCAGUCUUGGGUGGAAAGAGGUCGAGGACUUCUGAGACUCAAUGAUAUGGCCUCAACAGAUGAUGGAACAUUACAGUCUCGGCUGGUGAUGAGGACCCAGGGGAGUCUCAGGUUAAUCUUGAAUACCAAGCUCUGGGCCCAGAUGCAGAUUGAUAAAGCCAGUGAGAAGAGUAUCCGGAUCACUGCCAUGGAUACAGAGGACCAGGGAGUUAAAGUUUUUCUUAUAUCAGCAAGCUCUAAAGACACAGGGCAGUUGUUUGCUGCCUUGCACCACCGGAUCUUGGCCUUGCGGAGUAGAGUGGAGCAAGAGCAAGAAGUCAAGAGUGCAGCACCUGAGCCAGAGGUGACACAAUCAAAUGAGGAAGACAGUGAUGAUGAUGUCAUUGCACCUUCAGGAUCAGCUGGAAGUGGUCCUAAUGAUGAAGGUAACGGGCAGAAUGUUGGCAGCACAUAGCAGAUGUGAGUGGAUCUGCUUGCAAGGCUGCUAUGAACACCAUCUUGCAGGCACCUCUGGAUUCCCCAGGCCAGCUAUUAUUUCAGGCAGUGUUGAAGACUCCAGGACUUAAGAACUGUGCAUCCCUGUUCUGUUUGUUUGGUUUUUUGGUCUGGAUCAGUAGAUUCCACACAAAAAAAGCAGACUUGGAAACUACCUGAAUGUGGUUUGGGACGUGAAAGCUCAUCAUAUUGAUGAGCCAAAAAAAAAAACAAACAACAAAAACCAAACAUUUCCCCUCAUCCCUGUAAUUGAAAUGGCACAUUACAGCUUGUCACAGCGUUUCAUUGGGACCUUUUGACUGUUUCUUCAGUAGUUCAUUUCUUGCAGGCCUCCGAGAUAGAACUUUCUGACAUGAUUCCAACUUGAAUUCUGCUUUGAUAACCCCUGCUCCCCCUUAGGAGUUUCUGCCACCUGCAGGGAAACCGUGUCCUCACCACUUCUACGCUCACUGACUGCCCCUUUGGGUUCAUUCUCUUUUGGUUUUUGGGACUGCAGAUGGGGCAGAUGAUGUUUUUACCUUUUAAUCCCAACGUAGGUUGUGGGCACCGUUGUUCCCUGGCUAGUGGGUUUGUAAACAGAGAGAAACAAAACAUGGUGGUUCACCAGAAAAGCUUUUUUUAAUGCAGUAAUAAGAGACUUUCAAGUCCACAGGACGUUUUGCUAACUCCUUUUCUUUCUUCCCAUUUAAUUAUUUUUAUUUGGGGAUUUAUAUUGUGGUGAAACUUUUUUAUUUUAGUUUUUCAAGAAGAUGCUCUUGUGUGUUGAAAAAGUGAAACUAUUGUUUUGUACUGUUCUUUUCUGUUACUAUUUAAGGGAGAGCUAAGCCACUAUAUAUAAUAGAUGUUGCAUACAAUUUUUCUUAGAUAAUUACCUGUUUCUGUGGCUACAGUAAAGUGUAGGAGGCAUGCAGGUUACACCUUCAGAAAAGUUGACGAGGAAACAGCUGUUAGCCCUUGGAAGAAUAAAGUAGGCUCAUGUAAUGAGCUCUGUCAGCCAUUAAAAUAAACCUGUAUAAUAAAGCAGCUCUCAUUUAAUGGCUUGAUUCAACAAGCCAUUUAAGCACUUGCCUGACAUAACUACAUGUGAAUAACCUUACUGAAGCCAAUGCAACUAUUCCUGCUUAAAGUUGAGUACAUUUUUAAAGACCUUGCUCAAUUCACGGCCUUAAAUAGAAAAUUAACUUCUAACCCUUCCUGUCCCUGUUCUGUUUCCUGAAGUCUUGCAGCAUGAAGAAAAAGGUAAUAUUGCCAGCUUUGAAUAGUUUGGGCUGAAGGAUAUUGUAUUCUGUUCCACCAAAAUAAAAGCCAGAAUGUGUUUUCCUGUGUAUAAUUCUGAAGUACUCCUACUGUAACCAUAACUCACUUUUUACUUUGGAUGUUUUCUAAUCAUUUGGGCCUUUUGUGUGAGAGUUGAGUUUCGUUAUUAAAACACAUGGUGUAUUCUUGCCCAGCAAAAUUGGAAUUUGGUAGUCACUUUCACAACAGUGCCCAGGUCACUUUCCCUAUAAACUCCCCAAAUUGUUCUAUUUUCUUUAUAAAUACUGAUAAUUUCUCAUUUCCUUGCUCUUUCUCCUGCUGGUUAAGGAGACCUAAAAGGCACCAUUUAAAAGAAAAUUAAAAGGUGAAGAAGCAUUUAAUGUAGCAUGAAUUGAAAAUGAAACCCCAGGUUGUAGCUUAAAAGCAAUUUUGAAAUUUAUUCAAAAAGCAGAAGAGUCCUUAUUGUCUCUAUUUGAAUGAAACAAGCUUUUCUUCACUGGGAGUUGAGAACAUGUUCAGUUUUACCUGUUGUCUGUUGUUAACAAUUGUUGGAGAUUUAAGCUGUUGGGGCAGGGAGGGGCUUUGCUUUGCCUUAUAGCCCUUGAAGGAACAUCUUGGUUUACUUUUCCAGGGAGUGAGAAGGGUGAACUAUUAGCUGUGCCCACUGCAGUUGUGACUUCUCUGCAUUGUCUGCUCAUGUCUUUUUGCAUUUUGGGUUGUUUGUUUUUUUUUUUUUUCUCCUUAGACUUAGAAGGUUUGUUACCCAUGCACAACCAGCCCAGGAACAGAAGCAGAGCGUGUUUUCUGAUACCCACACAACUGUUCUUGCAUCACAAGGUCUGGGGUCACUGUCUUUUCAAAUAAGUGAUCUGGAAUUUGGAUCUUGGAUCUUUUUACACUGAGACACUUAGAUUUAAACUACUCAUUCCAACAACCUUGCAGGAUAAAGCUACUUGUCAGCAUAAAGAAAAUUCAUGAGGUGUCUUUGGUCAGCAGGCCCUCCUUGUGGAGAAGCAGGUGUUUGGUCAAGGUCCCAAACUGCAUGAAGAUUCAGAAGAAUGGCAUAGGCAGGCUUGCUUUGAUGGGGUUAGUGGUGAUAUGCCACCCCCUUACAGCAUUCUAAAAAAUUUGGCAGUUACUUACUGCUUGACAUUUUAUUUCAGCUUUACAUGUAUUUUUUAUAGUGAAGAGGAAAAUGUUAGUGUGAACCACUAAAAGAAUUGGCCAUAGAUUGAGUUCAGACCCCACCCAACAAAAUGUGUUAGGCCAAAGCAGUGACUUCUCUCUGGGUUAAGCCUUAAAAAAACUAGUGACAAGUAACAUCAUAAUGUGUUUUGAAAGAUCUGUGUAAGACUGUCAUAACAAAAAGGAUGUGGGAACUGCAUUAAAACUUUUGUCAACAAACAAGACAAGAUACUGAGGAGUGGAAUCAAGUUGAGCACACCUGAUGGGGGAAAAUGUUGCAAGAAUAGUGGUAUUAGUAAUACUAGAAGUAAACCUCUUUUCCACAAAACGAAAAAUAAAAUGACAUCCCCAGGAAAAAUGAACAUGAAUGUUAGAAAAUGUGCAGUUACAACAUCUUUCUCUAGUCAGUUCCCAGUGCAGGAUGGACUACUUCAGAGAAGACAGGGCAAGAAAAGAUCUAAAUAAACUAGUCCUCAGGAGCCCUCCAGUGAAACCAGGUUGGGCAGCUGUCCAAGUCAUUAGAAGCCUGCAGGAAUAAAGGAACCCAACUUUUGAAAUUACUCUCCCCCUGGUCCCAGUCACUGAGGUGUCAAUUCCAUUGCUUAGAUAUCACUGCCAUUAAAUGACUGUUCUACUGUGUCCCAUUCUGCAGUUUAACUGGCCUCUUACUCUCCCAGUGAGUGUAGAAAAUGGUUUCUUUCCUUUCUAGAAACAUGUUACAUAUUUGAAAAUUUACCAUACUUCCCCAUAAUCUUACCUAGUUUUAGGAAUUCCAAUUAUGAUAAUUGCCAUAAUUUGUCAUGCAAGAUUUCAUUAAACUGACUUUUCACUGUG